AUGUCCAAAGAUGUCUACAUGAAUUGUCUGAAAUGAAUAUGUCUACAUCUAAGAGACUCUCCAUGAAGUAUUGGUCUUCAUUUCAUUUACUAGACACAACUUCUUCCAUGCAUCAAGAUCUCUUCCUCAUACCUGAGCUCGUUCUUCUUACAAGACCAUUUCUGCAAGAAAUGCUAAAUAUAAACCAGCAUGAGUUCGAUAAGAAGCAAUAGAUAGGGUACUAACUUCUGCCUGUGUUCUUUCUACUUUCUCCAAUAUUACCCCCUUUCGCAGGAGAACAAAUAAAAGACGGGUUUGUCUUGGCAAGAAGCCAGUUAUAGGAUGUUCUUCAGUAGUUUUUGGAGGUUCUCAAAGUUGUCUGCUGAUAUCUUAUUUAGAUUUAUGCUUCCCAAGUGGAUACUUAAGAUCAGCCAGUUGUGUUUCUGAAUACUUGUCUGGCUCCAAAGUUCUUCAAAGUUGUAUUGCCUCUGUAAACAAGAUAGGAAAUUCAAUAGAAAGGACAACUUGAUCAUUGGUUUCCAUUACCGGUAUCGAAAUCCAGAGUUCCCACUUGCACAAUCUGGUCUCCAAUUGCAAAAUAUCUUUUCGGGCAUUCUUUAUUUAUUCUAUAGAUAUCAAUAAACAAAUUUUGGUUGUUUAAACACUUCAAUUUAUAACAGCUGGUUCAUUGCAGUUUCAAUGUUUGAGUUUGUUGAAGGAGACGAGAAGGCCUUACCUCAUGUCAAAGUCAUAUGCUGCAAUAGUUGGAGGCACUGCAGGAGUGGUACUUGUUGCAGUAUUCAUCCUGUUGUGGUUAUGCAAAUCUCAUUUUAAGAACUUUUCAAACAAGAACUCAGAGACUGGUUCUUCAGAUCCAUAUCCAACUGCAUUAGGAGAGUGGAAUAGGAGAAGCAGAUCCAGUUCAGCCCCUAGCCACCCUCUAUUUGGAUCACAAGGAGCUAGGCAAUUCACAAUGGAUGAAUUGGAGCAAGCUACCAAGCAAUUUAAUGAAAGUAGUCUCAUUGGAUAUGGAAGUUUUGGGUCGGUAUACAAAGGUUUGCUUCAUGAUACUAUCGUGGCCAUCAAAAGGCGUCAGGGUGCUUCUCGAGAGGAUUUUGUCACAGAGGUACUUUAUUUGUCAGAAAUUCGGCAUCGUAAUUUAGUUUCUCUUCUAGGUUACUGCCAAGAAAGAGGUUCACAAAUAUUGGUCUUUGAAUAUAUACCCAAUGGCAGCAUAUGCAAUCACUUAUAUGAUAAAGGGUUAAAAUCAUCAACCAAACUAGAGUUCAAACAGAGGUUGUCCAUAGCUCUGGGAGCAGCUAAAGGUUUAUGCCAUUUGCAUGGACAAAACCCUCCCUUGGUACACAAUAACUUCAAAACAGCUAAUGUCUUGGUUGAUGAGAACUUCAUUGUAAAGGUUGCAGAAGCAGGGAUCUCAAAACUGCUUGAAAAGAUAGAGGAAGCAGGUCCCUCUUACACAUCCGGUGUUAAUGUUUUCCAAGAUCCAGACUUUGGGGUGUUCCUACUGGAGCUUAUAACUGGACAAGAGGCAAUGCAUCUUGGCUUCUUGGGAUCUGAUGAAAGCUUAAUUCAAUGGGUGGCUUCUCGAUUGAACUCAAAUAAUUUUGUUGACCAUCGACUUGUGGGGAGUUUCACUAUAGACGGAAUCAGGGAUUUGAUCAGACUGAUGCUGCGAUGCAUGAGUUUUCCAGGUAUAGAAAGACCAAAGAUGGAAAUGGUGGUGGUUGAACUUGAACGGAUUCAUGAGAAAGAGAUGCAACUAACAACUGUCAUGGGUGAGGGCACUGCCACAUUUAUUAAAGGCAGUGAGCUAUUUACUUCAAAAUGAAACCAGAAGUUACAAAAUUGUUAGUAUGUGUUAUGUUUGAGCCAAGCUUAAGCUAAAUAGCACCAGCUGGCAACAAACAACAUUUGAGAGGCAGUGAGAGAAAGCUCUUGAAUAACUAGGAAGGAAUUUAUGUGUAAAUAUGAAUUCAUGUUUCUAGUGAUGCAAAGUAAUGGCCUUUUAGAAAAAGAUUAGCCUUGAUGGA